CAAAGAAGUAGUAGUAAACGGAAGUAAACAGUGACCAAUAACCAUUUCCACGUUAGCGGUUUUAUUGUUAUUUAGACGUUUAUUAACAUCCUGGAACUCAACAUAUGACUAAGUUAACUGCACAGCAUUACAUACUUACCCCAGGUAGUCUUUAACUCGCGUUGGAGACAGGACCUGGUUGAUGCUAGGUAAUGCUAGCUAGGUAGCCGCUAAUGGCUAACUGUAUGGUUUUUCACACUCAAAUAGCCUCCGUCAUGGAGGUGCUAGCGAAUGCAGCCGUGGCAGAGAUCUGUAAACUCGUAGACGACGACUAUGCAGUGUUUCGUUUGGAAAUGUCUCAAAGCCAGAAAGAAAACAGGGGAUUGCGGAGGAAACUACAGCAACUGGAACUGAAGGUGUCACGGGAGCGCGCAGAGAGGACCAUUAGAGAGCGGGUCCUCGCCAGUCGUCCCAGUAGUGUCAAGAUCCUCGACCGAUACAGAGGAAUGGCAAGAGGUGAAGGACAUCUCACUGGAGGUCACAGGAGCUUUGUGAAGCCAGCGGGACACAACACAUGGAGAGAUGACCAACCAAUCACUGUUGAUGAGGGGAGUGGAACCUCAACCCAGCAUGUUAUCGUGAUAGAGUCUGUAGAUGCAGGUCCUGGGGUCAAGCAGCAGAUGACUAAAGGAAAGAAGGACCCACAGCACAGCAGAGACAUCCAGACCGAGGCAGUGGCUGGAGUGGCGCCCCCUGUGGCCACGGAGGUCCUCUCCGCUGUGCCCCAGGCCAGGACCAUACGCAGCAUCAUGGAGGUCAGUGGAACGCCGAACGCCGUCCUCAAGUCAGAGACAGACACCGAGACUUUAACUGUAACACCCAGGCUUUUACACACAGGAUCUGACCACAGAUCAGACCCAGAGAGACUGGGGCUGUGGAGACUGGGCUGUCCUCCUGCUCCUGGCUCAGAGUACCUACCAGUAUUUCACCAGAACCAGAGGAUGGGUCAUUCCUGUGGAGAUGGUGAUGGUGACACGUUAGACACUGGUGGUGAUGAUCGGUCUUGUUCUUACACUACAGAGAUGGACCCUGGCAACAUAUCCUUGGGUUUAGAGACACAGACUGAUCUGCUUAGAGGGGAAUGGAACCGGUACAGUAGUAGUGUAUACUCUGAAGGGUGCCUAGAUAAGAAAGGUGAGGGUUCAGUCGUAGAUGAGGUGACUGUGAAAUUGGAGGGCGACGUUCCUCCCACAUGGAAAGGUCACCUAGGAGACAGACACUCGCAGGGCAGAAAUUUCUUAGAUUACAGGGAAAGCUUAGAGACAAAUCCAAAUGUCGCCACCCACUCCCUUGUACACACGUUCAAGGAUCACGACCCAGUGUCCACUUCAAUGGCCCUUUCCGAUUCUCACAGCCACAUCCUUUUCGAUCAGGUAUUGAACUCAAAUGACAGGGCUAGAGUCCAGGCUCAGGGAGGGGGAGCCACAUCAGGCAAUAGUAAAGAGAAACGGUUCCUCUGCAUGUUCUGUAACAAAGGCUUCAGCUGCCCCCAGAAGGUGGAGAUCCACAAGAGGGUCCACACUGGAGAGAAACCCUACAGCUGUACCCAGUGUCAUGUGUGCUUCGCUCAGGCUGGUGACCUGAAAAGGCACCAGAGGGUCCACUCAGGGGAAAAACCUUACAGCUGCCCCCAGUGUGAGAAGCGGUUCUCCCGCCAGGACCAGCUGAAGAGGCACCAUAUGGUCCAUACGCGAGAGAGGCCGUUUGCCUGUACGCACUGCGGGAAGAGGUUUUCAGAGAGGAGCUACCUCAGGAUACACCAGCAGAAAAAACAUUCCACUCAAUAACUUCUGACGUUUACAUCAAACCCUGCAUUAAAGACAAAUGUACAUUCUCACGAUUGUCAGCAGAAAAAUCCACAGAUACAUUUGGAAUAACAAGAGUAACAGAUUUCAGGGUAGAAUAUUGCAUCCAGACAUUGUGUGAUAUAUAUAUAUAUAUAUAUAUAUAUAUAUAUAUAUAUAGGCCUAAACAGUAUGUUACAUAUUGUGUUUGUACUGUGGCAUAUAUAGGCCUAAAAAGUAUGUUACAUAUUGUGUUUGUACUGUGUAGGCUAUAUGAUGUUCACAAAUGUCUAUUUUAUUACUUCUAAUUAAACUACAAAAUGUUUUUCCAAUACAUUUAAUGAGAACAUGUAUGCAAGUUAUCAAUUUUGUUGUUGAGACGUGUACAUGUGGUUUUCAUAUGGUGUACUUAAAACUUAUUUGUUUAAUAAACACAAAAUGGGACUUUUU